AUGUUUCUCAGAUUCUCCUGGCUUUUGUGGAUACUUGAACACCAUGAGACUUUAGCAGAAAAUCUCAGGGAAGAAAGAAGAUAUGGACUGAAAAGAUCAAAACCUGAACACAUUAUGUCAAAUACUGUAAAGAAAUAUCCCAGCCCAAGUGAUCAAGAUGAAGACUGCAUUCUGGAAAUUUCUUUUUUACUGGACAGCUCUGAAAAUGCUAAGGACUAUAAUCAUGAACAGCAGAAAAAAUUUGUACUGCAAACAGUAGACAGAAUGAAAAGACUACAGCUUAGUUCUGGACGUACCCUUAGCUGGAGAAUGGCCUUACUUCAGUACAGCAGCACUGUUUCCAUAGAGCAAACCUUUCAUGACUGGAAAGGUCCUGAAGCAUUCAAAUCCCACAUUGCUCCCAUCACCUACAUAGGUCAUGGCACCUACACAACUUAUGCUAUAACUAAUCUUACACAACUCUACAUGACUGAAGGCACUUCAGGUAGUGUGAAAGUAGCCGUGCUUUUCACCGAUGGAGUGGACCAUCCAAGAAACCCAGAUAUUUUUGCAGCUACAGCUGAUGCUAAACACCACGGAAUUAUAUUUUUCAUAAUGGGAAUGACCAGAAUGGCUGAGGAAAUUAGCAAUGCUGCCAAGCUCCGGCUCCUGGCCAGUGUCCCAGCAUCCAGGUUUGUUUUCAACCUCCAAGAGAAAGAAACUGUGGAGAAGGUUCUCAAAGAAAUGAAAGAUCUGUCUGAGGAAGGGUGUCCCCAGGUUGCCACAUGUAACUGUGAGAAGGGAGAAAGAGGCCUUCCUGGCCCUGCUGGUAAAAAGGGUCGCACUGGGGACGACGGAGCUCCAGGCCUGAAAGGAGCAAAGGGGGAGCCAGGUCUUAAUGGAAUCCCAGGACGAGAUGGAAUAGAGGGGAAAUCUGGAUAUAAAGGAGAGAAGGGUGAAAGAGGUGAAUGUGGAAUCCCAGGAAUAAAAGGAGACAGAGGUCCUGAAGGUCCAGUAGGCCAAAGAGGAAUAAGAGGCCUACAGGGUCCACAAGGACAACCUGGAGAUCAAGGGCCUGAAGGCCUGCAAGGAUCAAAGGGUGAAAGAGGUCUCCCUGGGCCACCUGGCUUGCCUGGAGAGACUGGAAUAGGACUGCCAGGCCCAAAGGGUGACACCGGUUUGACAGGAAGACCAGGCCCCAUUGGGCCACCUGGAGUUGGUGAGCCAGGAUUUAUGGGGCCUCAAGGACCACAAGGAGUUCAAGGAGAAAGAGGUACACCAGGAGAAGGGCUUCCAGGAGCGAAGGGCGACCGUGGUUUUGAUGGACCAAAAGGCCCUCGUGGACUUCCAGGCAUCAGCAUAAAAGGUGAAAAGGGUGAAUUUGGUCCUCCUGGUUUACCUGGACCAGUUGGAUUACCUGGAAUUGGAAUUCAAGGAGAGAAGGGAGUAGAAGGCCCAAAAGGACCACCUGGCUCUAGAGGGCUACCAGGACAGGGACUACCUGGACCAAAGGGUGAACAAGGCUUGCCUGGAGAGACUGGAGUGCCAGGAGAAAGAGGUAUUGGAGAACCUGGUUCUAAGGGUGAGCCAGGGCCUUCAGGACUGGCAGGUCUGCCUGGUCUUCCAGGAGAAGAUGGAGCCCCUGGACAAAAGGGUGAACCAGGGUUACCUGGUCUUAGAGGUCCUGAAGGUGCUCCAGGGAUUGGAAUACAGGGGGAAAAGGGAGAUCAAGGUCAGAGAGGAAUACGUGGAUUAACAGGACCAGCAGGAGUGCCUGGACCUCCUGGAGCUAAAGGAGAGCCUGGUGCACCAGGACGUCUUGGAAUGCCAGGCCCUCCUGGAAGAGCUGUGCCUGGGCCAAAGGGUGACAUUGGGUUACCUGGUCUUGCUGGACCAAUUGGAGAACCAGGUUUGGGACUUCCUGGGCCAAAGGGUGACCGAGGCCUUCCAGGACCCCCCGGGCCCUUUGGGCCAAAAGGAGAUGGUUAUCCCGGCCCACCUGGCUUGCCAGGCCUCCCUGGGAUUCCUGGUGAACAAGGCCCAGAUGGAGUCGGGCUACCAGGACCUAAGGGUGAUCCUGGUAUUAGAGGACCAGUUGGCCUCCCCGGUCCACCAGGAGAAGGUUUGCCAGGACCAAAAGGAACCAUAGGACGCCCAGGGCCACCUGGCUCUCUGGGACCUCCUGGUGAAGGUAUUCAAGGAACUAAGGGGGAACAAGGAAUUCAAGGAAUGCCAGGACCACGAGGCCCUCCUGGAGAUGGGCUUUUAGGACAGAAGGGAGAUCGAGGAGCUACAGGUGACAAGGGGAAAAAAGGAGAAAAAGGUGAUGUGGGUGACCCUGGUUUAUCUGGAGAACCCGGCAAAACUGGACCAAAGGGAGAGCAAGGUCUAACAAGAGAAGAUAUAAUUAAAUUAAUUAAAGAGAUAUGUGGUUGUGGCAUUAAAUGUAAGGAAAUUCCUAUGGAGCUUGUAUUUGUGAUUGACAGCUCUGAGAGUGUGGGACCAGAAAAUUUUGAGAUUGUCAAAGACUUUGUAACUGCUUUAGUAGACAGAGUAACUGUAGGCAGAAAUGCUACUAGAAUUGGCCUGGUGUUAUACAGUUUAGAAGUUCAACUAGAAUUUGGUCUCAACAAAUAUACAACUCGUCAGGACGUUAAGCAAGCAAUCAGAAAAAUGCAAUACAUGGGAGAAGGCACUUACACAGGAACUGCUAUCCGUAAAGCAACCCAGGAAGGAUUCCUCGGUGCUCGAGCAGGAGUGCGGAAAGUAGCUCUUGUGCUGACAGAUGGCCAAGCAGACAAGAGAGAAGCUGUAAAACUGGACACUGCCGUUCGAGAGGCUCACGCAGCAAACAUCGAAAUGUACGCAAUAGGAAUUGUAAACACUUCAGAUCCGACACAGGCCGAGUUUGUGCGCGAGCUCAAUCUGAUCGCCUCAGAUCCAGACACAGAACACAUGUUUCUCAUUGAUGACUUUAACACCCUUCCAGCUCUGGAGUCCAAAUUAGUAAACCAAUUUUGUGAAGAUGAACAUGGUACCUUAAUAUACAACCGUAAUGGAAAUGGUGCAAGUAUAAGUGGUUCAUAUUUCCAUUCAGUAUCUCCAAGUUCUUUAUAUUACACACUUCAGAACCACCAUGUUAAUGGACAACCACUUUCAGCACAGACACCUGGAGUAUCUACAGUAGAAAGUCCUCUGAGUCUUGGUGAUCUUCCUCAUCCAUUAGCUCCGACCAAAUUACCUCCUGUGGUAGUAUAUGAAGCCUAUGAAGAGGAACAAGAGGAGAAACAGUUACCCUUCCUAACAGCAGACACUAGAGAAAGUAUCCUCCGGUGCCAGUUAAGGUUGGAUCAAGGGAUGUGCCGUGUUUAUAUGAUAAAAUGGUAUUAUGAUAAACAAGCCAAUGCUUGUGCUCAGUUUUGGUACGGUGGCUGUGAUGGAAAUGCAAACCGCUUUGAGAGUGAAGAGGAAUGUAGAGAGGCUUGUGUAUUUUCUUCUGGAGGAGAGAAAAUGGAUAAUGGUAUCUUUACAGGACUAAAAACUUAA